AUGGCGGAAACUCACUGCUCGGCGGUUCAACGGGUGCUUCAUGCAACCGAUUUCUUCGAUGUGCUUGGCAUCGAGCCACAGUCGCAAGAGUGUACAACGGUGGAGCAGCGGCAGAACAAAACGCUUCUGAACGUGCACCCGGACAAGCAUGGCAGCGAUUCAACAAGCCAAGACUUAGCCAAACAGGCCACGGUCGCGGUCAACGAAGCCUGGGAUCACGUUGGUGAAGCAGCCGCCCGCGAGCUGUACCUGGCGAAAUUGAGGCAAGAGCUCAUGCAGCAGUCAGCUAGGCAGCACGCAGUGGCCGCUGCACGAGUUCCUGUCCGUGCCGCUGCCCCACAAGAGCCUGUCACGAAACGGCCGGAGCCCAGCCCGGAGGAGAAAGCUCCCAGUCCUGAUGCGCCCAAGUUGAGCAAACUCCAGGCAUACAAGGCGCACUGGAAGGUGAAAGUGAACGGUUCCACGGCCUACCGCAACUUCACAUUGAAGGACUGUGCUGGUGCUCAGGGUGCUGAGUGCCAAGCGCGCCGCUUCGCACGUCUCCUGGACACAAUCGUCCUGGACUUUCGCGUGUGUCCCAAUGCAGCAGCACGUGCCACGUACUUGAAGAAACAUGGCCUCACGUGCUCCGGGACCAUCCAGGACAUGCACGACAAGCUCAUUGCGCAAGUCUGCAGCGGCAAAUCUCCAGAAUGCGAGGCCAGCAUGUCACAAGCAGCCGCCAGCAGCAGCACUAGCAGCAGCUCCAACAGUGUCCCGCGGGUUGCGUGCCCUCAGGACGCCAAAGGUGCGGAGGUGCAUCAUACGCUUUUCGCUGCUGCGCCGGCGCGCAAAAGCAAGCACCCCUACAUCCCCGUGUAUCUGCACCCGGGCUGCUUCCAGGCUGUGAAAAACAAAGGGGCGAAGCAACAAACACAUGGACUUUUGCUUGGGGCGCCGCACCAGAACACAUUCCGCGUUCUCAACAUGGUGGUGUCAGCCGACCCCGCAAAUCUCACGCUGUUUUUGCAGGACCAUAUGCAGAAAGGCGGUGAGCAAAUGGUGCUAGGCUACAUCAUUGCCUGCCCGGACAACGUGGGAACAUUGGAGGACCAGGACGUGCAGGUGUCACGAGCCUGCCAAGCCCAAGGCAGCCGCUGCUAUGUUUUGGUGAAAACGACCUUCCGCGAGGACACGAAGGGUAGCAUGAAAGCGUGGAACUUGCUGGACGACCAAACGCCCCAGGUCCGGGUGCAUUUCCUGAGUAGGAAACGAGAGGGCGAAACGUUUCACGUGCUGGAUCUCGAUGGCCAUGCGCGCACACUCAGGAACUUGACCUUGGACGCCUUGUUUGAGGCAGCUGGACAAGUUUCAGCUGCUCCGGAGGACCCUGCGGCGCCACCGCCGUCAGCACCAGCGCCAGCAGCACCGUCCCAACCCGCGCCAGAACCAGCCGCACGUGCUGCGCUGCGAUUGGUGCCGGUGUACCCGGACGGCCGUUGCUUCUGGUCGUGCUGCUAUCUAGCCAUGCGUCCAGAAAGUCACACGAGAUCGCGAUUGGACAACGGCCUCGCGCAGGACAAGUGUCAACAAAAACAGGAGGUGGAGGAGGUUGUGCAGUUGCGGGAUGGCUUCUUGCGUGGACUGCGCAGCGCGCUUGGCGACCUCAAGCCUGCCUGUGCGGAAACACGGGAGGCCAAAAGUGUGGUGGAGGCCAGAAUUGAGGAAUUGCAAGCCGGGGACCAGGUCCGAUUGGAUGACCUGAACUUCAUGGGCCUGUUGACCGGCAUCUGUGUGCGCUGUACUGUCAAUGCGAACGCCCGGAACCUUUUACCCGCUACACAGCACGACGCCCUUUACGGCCUGCUCACGGGGCCCCAAGAACUGCAUGUGUAG